UUCCCACACUUCAGCUUCGGCACGUGUUCAAAUCAGUCGCUCUCUCUCUCUUGCUCUCUUACCUUGUUGCCAUUGCGUUCCAGCACAGCUCGUGCAUUGGAUUCUUGUUUACCUUUUGGAAUACUACGCUUAUACCAUUAUGCCUUCCGAAAAGACGGUGACGAAAUGCAGCGAAACUCGACGGAGUACCAAACCUAUUAUGGAGAAACGUCGAAGGGCUCGUAUCAACAACAGCCUGUCAGAAUUGAAGAAUCUGAUCCUGGAUGCAUUAAAAAAAGAUAAUGCUCGCCAUUCAAAAUUGGAAAAGGCUGAUAUUUUGGAGAUGACUGUGAAACAUCUGCAGAGUCUUCAAAUGCAACAGAUGACUCCCGAUCCAUCUACCAUGGCUAAGUUCCGUUCCGGCUUUGCCGAAUGCGCCAACGAGGUCAACCGCUUCAUGGGCCGAGUGGAUGGAGUUGAUCCUACAAUCCGCCAGAGACUUCUCAACCACCUCGCCAAUUGUCUGACUGGGAUGAACAACCCUCCACCCACGCCACUCCCACCUGUCCAUGUCCAAGUUGGUGCCACCACCGCUCCAGAAUCCGAGCCCAGACUUCUCAGUGGUGUCCAACUUGUUCCUACCAGACUGCCCAGUGGAGAGAUCGCAUUCCUGUUGCCUGCUCAGGUGUCUGUUUAUGCCCCAUCCACCGUGCCUAUCAGUCCGGCCAGUUCCACCUCAUCCGUGACGUCACCCAUGUCCAUCACUUCUUCGACCUCCUCACCCAGUCCUGUUAAUGUCCUGGGAUCAUCUGGCAUCCUCAGUCCUGCCGCAAGCGACAGAUGCAGUCCAAGUCCGGUAAUGCACACUCGAGUCCACAGUCCAGUUAUGCACACCCGAGUCAAUAGUCCGGUUAUGCACACCCGAGUCCAUCCUGAGACCAUGGUUUCCCACUGUCCAGUCAUCGUGCCACAUAUGAAUCAUCACAAAGUGGAGUCCAAGGCUGUAUGGAGACCCUUCUAAAUUUAUUCAUCACCUGUUUACCAAGAGACUUUAAAUGCUGCGAACUGUUUGCUACGCAAUUACAAUUGAACAAUCUUCUAGCCAUUUUUCCAAUCAAAAACUUUCUCCUAGUUCCAUUACCAGCAUAUUUACCAUCGACAGUCUUCCAGGACUCAAAUUGAUCUCACGUGUAUUUAUUUUUAUCAUGCCAACUGCUGAAUGGACAUUUCAUCAUGUACUGUCAUCAAUCCCACAUUUUGUUAUUCAUAUCCUAUCCGUGGCAGAUUUUGUUCCAGACAGUUCCAACUUCAUCUACUAAAUUUUCAUUGAACUCUUGGACAUUUGGACUCAUUAUGUGAUACGCACAAUGUAAAUAAGAACUAUUUUAAGAGAUUUUAACUAUAUGUACAUGAAGUACAGAGCUUCCUUAAUGUGGACUAUUUGUCCAAAUCUAUCUGUGAUACUGAAUCCGAACCGGUGCUGUAUGGUUGCUUGAUGCGCCAUGUGUUUUGUUUAAAUUAUUGCUCGAUGUUUGAUACAUCAAUAACUAAAAAAAAUAUAGAAAUAUAUGAGUGCAAGCCAAAAGAAUAAAUCAAUA